UUCAGUCGCUCUCCCUCCUUCAACAUGUUGUCUGCAAACUCAGAACACACCCUUUCAAAUACCGGCUCGAGGACCUCUGCAUGUCGGUCUCCGCCGUUGACGUGGGCGCCACUUCGCCCGUGUUCCUCUCGAUUUCCACCUCUAAAGCCGCCUGGGGGAAAACACUCUGCCUCUGCCGUGCCUCGGCUUUUCCGUCGUUAUCACCCUGUUUGGCGGGCAUCCCCACUUCCUCUGCGCUGUCUGUUUCUUAUAGACAUUUCGCGGGCACCUUUGUUACUCGUCCCUUUGGCUUCCCUGACUUCUCCUAGGCCUGCGCGCGCCUUCCUCACCCGUACCUGGUCUGUUGGCCCUUACUGGCAUUAUCUCAGCACCCCCCAGUCCUCUGGUGGGAGGACCUGUUUGCAAUCCGCGAGUUCAUACUUGUGAAAUUUGCUGGACUGCGUCCUGCUCGACUCGCCUGACGCUUUGGUUUAGCCGAGUGCCAGCGAGCGAGUCAUUGCCAACUUUCCAGCAGGCUCUG